AUGAUUAGCCGCCACUCUGACUCUACGCUGCCCUUCCCCGAGUUCGCGUCGUCGGUGCCUGCAGCAGACCGUGCUGUUCUCGCUGGGCUCAGCCGCGACGAUAUCCGAGCCUUGACGCUGAGAAAGUCGAAGGAGUACCGUCUCCUCUCCUACGCUAUGCUCUCUAUCCAUAACGCUGCCGCACCGAUCAACACGCUUCCCACCGAGCUGCUGAUUAGAAUCCUCGGACAGACGUGGCAAGACCGACGAAGUGUCCGUCUUACGUCUGUAUGCCGGAGAUGGCACUCCAUAUACCUGUCCGCGCCUCAGUUCUGGGCGACAGCGGUCUCAAACCUGUCUUUCAACUACGCGAAGACCGUGAUGGUCAGAGCUAAGGACAUCUCGGAGGUGACACUACCCUUCGAAGAUGUGGCUGUUCUCCUCGAGAGGUCCUCCCCAUGCCUCAUUCAUUUGGACGUCGACCAACAUUCCACAAACGUCGCCAUCCCCGUCUCUGUUCUUCCCGUCGAGUUGUCUGUCCAUGCAUGGCGAAUCAGUUCUUUGUCACUCUUCGGGACAAGCAAGCUACUACCAGACCUUCCUCGUCUGUUAGAGAGGAGCAUUCCAGCAUUAGAGACACUGAGAAUCGUUAUCGAAGACGAAGACGAGAAAUUAGAGCAUCUCGAACUGACAACCUUACCCCGCUUGCCUGCUCACAGUCUACCUCACCUACGUCAGGCGCAGGUCACCCCAGGGGUAUUGUUCCCUCAUUUCGCGGUCAAGUCGUUACGAGAUGUCUCCUUGCACGGCUUCUUCGUUCCACUUCACCUGUCGCUGGAAGCCCGGGAUCUGCUGCAGGCGCUGCGCGUCUGUCCCCAUCUUGAGACCUUACAUCUCAGCGAAGGCACGACUCCACAGGAAUGGCCCACCCCGGAUCAAGCUGGUGUUGUGCACCUCCCCUCACUGAAGAAGCUCGAGAUCGAUGACGAACCGGGCGACGCCGUCAUUGGGGCGCUCAACGCUUUGUCUGUUCCUCCCACUGCGCUAAUCGUUAUCGGUGCAAUUGAGACAACGAACCUCCCCGACUUCUUACCUCGUCAUCUCUUUCAAAGACACCCGUUCGAUCACGUCUAUCUACGCGUGAAUGGGAACAAGUCGUGUAGAUCGAAGUGCUUCACAAAUAACUCUCGACAGCUCUGGGAUCUAGACUUCAAUUAUACGGGACCACUGGUCGAUCUUGGCUUGCCGGACUACUUCCAGGCCGUGCACGUUACCCAUCUGGAGGUGUCCGAUGCAUGGGAUAAUGGGCCAUGGAACGCCAGAAGAAACGGCGUUGAUGACUGGGUUGCUGCCUUACAAGCCUUUCCUCAUCUGAUCGACCUUUCCGUAUGUGGAUCAGACGGCCCCAAUCUCGUCCUUCCGGCGCUUGUUGGAUGUACGGCCUCUCCCAGCUCUACGCACUUACCUUGUGCCGCUUUGACGAGCAUAUCUCUCGGUUGGAAGAUCACUGCCCCGGACGAUCAUCGAGAUCGGCCGACGAACCUCCCUAGAGGAUGCGACACGGCCAUGUACCGUUUGUGGGACGUUGAAGAACGCAUCCGACGGAGGUGUUCAGCGAUGCAGUCCAUGCUGGAGCAGCGUGCAUCGAGAGGGGCACCCAAGCUGCAUGCCCUUGAAUUCUGGGAAUUCGAGACAAGGAGGUGGGGGCUGUGGCGAGAUGACUAUAGUGUGAGGGAUGGAUGGGAACUCAUCCCUGCGAGUCGUCGUGAUGACACUAGCUCUGCUUGUCUUGCUCGGCUUCGAAGCCUUGUCGGUGGGCCAGUUGUUUAUAGAGGCUAUCUGCUGGAGAAGUAG